CCAGCUAGUUAGCUUUUUAGCUAAAGGAUACGGAACCCGAAAACCAAGGCGAACAACGCAUUUUCUUUAAUUUGUUAACGUUUACUGAUACAACAAACGCGAUCAAUAAUCAGCGUUUGUUUACGGUUUGUAACGCGCGUGAAAACGUACCUCUUUAUCGAGGGUAGCGUCGCAUUACCUUGUAUUUUUCACUGCGCCGGUUUUAUGUGAGCACAAAGGCCCACACAAGCCCGCUGUUUCCAAGCAUGUAUCCUUGGGGUACUAACUACGGCGGUGGCCAUCAACCACCUUCGCAGCAGAACUUCGGCGCACCGUCUCCUCAAGGCGAAGGCUUCGCAGGUGGAUUCGGGAGUUAUGGAGCCGCUACGCCCGCAGCGGCACCCGGUUCCACUUUCAACAGCCUGCGGGAGCAGCAUCUCCAGCAGAUGCAGCAGCUGCAACAGCUCCACCAAAAACAGCUCCAAUCCGUGCUGCACCACGACAGGAACGUAGAUGCAAACCCCUAUGGCGGCGGUGGUACUGCGGCCGAAUCGUGGCAAGGCAGUUCGGGAUAUGGGUAUGGUUCAACGGGGGCCGGUGCCCCUUCCCCUUAUCAAGAUGACCAUCAGACCAUGCAAGCCGGUCCGCCCGGACCACAGCAGCCGCCGCUACCGCCACAGUCCCCGCAGUCCAAGGAGGCCCAGCCUCCCCCACCAGAUUCGACCCUUCCGGUACCCACUCAGAACAAUGGUACUCCAGCGACUAAAGAGGUAAACAAGAAAGAAUCUUUGGCCUCGAAAGACCAGGCACAUUCCUCUGGUUCGGAGGAGGAAAAGCCCGAUUUUACGUCAAUGUCGCUGCAGGAGCAGCAGCAGUAUUGGUACAAGCAGCAUCUCCAGAAUCUGCAGAGGCUGAAGGCCAAACAGGGUCAGGGUGAUGGCCCAACGCCCCGGCCCCACUCGGCAGCCGCGCCUCCCCCUCCAUCGGAACCCCCUAAGAACGCCCCUCCACCACCCCCACCCAAAGAGGAGCCCCCGCCACCACCUCCACCGGAGGACAAAACGCCUGCACCCCCAGCCCAGGACCCAGCAGAGGUGGCCCGGCUGAAGCAGCUUCAGAGUGCAGCGGCCCAGUGGCAGCAGGCCCAGCAGCAGAGAGCGGGCUACCAGUACCAAGCCCUGAUGCGGCACCAUGCUCAGCUACAGGUCAUCCUCAACCAGUACCAGCAGUGUAUCCAACAACCUGCACAGCUAGAGACGAUGUCUAUGGCCAUGCAGCUGAGUCACUAUGAGAAGCAGCAGCAGCAGUUUGGCCCGGUGUUUGGAGACUGGGGCCGCACCUUCAGCCAAUGGCAAGAGCAGUUCCAGUCCUACCCACAUAAAGACCAGCUACAGGACUACGAGUUACAGUGGAAACAGUGGCAGGAACAGAUGAACUCCACCUCAGCACACCUACAGGAGAGGGUCACCACCCUGCGAGCCACGCAGCAACAGUACGGAGGCGUCGGCAGCGAUGGUGGUGGACAGUACAGAGCUGAUCAAUAUGGUAGUAGUGACCGGUAUGGUACUGGAGGGUACGGGGACCAGUACAACCAAUAUGGUCAGUACACACAAUCUGGACCGGACUCGCAGAUUCAACAAGGUCACAUGGUGAGCCCGUCCGUGCCAUCCCAGCCAGGUAGCCAGCCAUCGUCCACCUCUGGAUCCAUGUUGCAGGGCCCUCGACCAGGGCAGCAAGGCCCCUCAAACGCCCAACGCAUGGGAACCCCCACAGGAGAACCACACCAAGGGCCUCAGGCAGAGCAGUACAACCUGUCUGGACCUCCAGGGAGAGGGGCGGGCCCAGGAGGGAGAGGGGCGGGCCCAGCAGGGAGAGGGGCGGGCCCAGGAGGGAGAGGGGCGGGCCCAGGAGGGAGAGGGGCGGGCCCAGGAGGGAGAGGGGCGGCCAGAUCACCAGUUCCACCACCAGGACAGCCUCCACACUACCAAAGCCCCAGAGGACCAAGGUUUGAUGGUCCGAGAGGGAACGGCCCGCUGUUUGACCAGCAGCAGAGGUUUAAUGCUCCACCAGGCCCCAGGUUCAACGAGCAGCGCCAGAGGUUUGACCAGCCUGGCCCCAGAGGACCAGGGCCUCGCUUUGGGCAGCAGGGGUCCCGGUUCGACCAGCCCCCCCCGAGACAAAACCCCCCUGGCUGCUUUGAAAGACCACCUGGUCCCCCAGUUCCCCAUAUAGGCCCACAGCCUAAACCAGACACUAGUAAAGACACACAACCACCACAGGGUAAGACUGAGACGCCAGCGGUCUCCAAGCCUCCUGGUAAUAAACCUACCGGGCCAGCGAAACCAGGAGCAGAACCGGAGGAUAUGUCAGAGGACAUGGUGGACUCACUGGAUGGCUUCUUCGUCCAAAAUGACCCCAUCCCUCAGACGAAGGCAGAAGCUGACGCUGCUGCUGCUGCUGCUAGUAAGGGAUCCACCGUCAACAUGGAGAAGGUGAGCCCUACUGGUCCUGCCGGUACCAAGCCCCAAGUGUCCACCGACACCUCUGUGUCCCCGAAAACCGCUUCCCCCGCUAAGACCGCUUUCAAACCAGGUGGACCGGAUGGGCCAUUGAAGAAUAAUGUCAAUAACAACAACAGGCCUCAGGGACCACCGGGGUCGAAGCCUCACGGACCGGAGCCUUCGAAGACAGACCCAAUGACCAACCAACCUCCUGGUCCUCCAGGGCCCAUUGGACGUGGCCAGCCGCUAGGGCCUGUCCGAGGAAGAGGGGAGGCGGAUGGAGGGAUGAGGGGAGGUAGAGGACGAGGGGAGAUGGAUGGAGGGAUGAGGGGAGGUAGAGGACGAGGGGAGGCGGAUGGAGGGAUGAGGGGAGGUAGAGGACGAGGGGAGGCGGAUGGAGGGAUGAGGGGAGGUAGAGGACGAGGGGAGGCGGAUGGAGGGAUGAGGGGGGGUAGAGGACGAGGGGAGUUGGAUGGAGGGAUGAGGGGGCGAGGAGGAAGGGGUGGUCUGAGGGGACGUGGAGGACAACAGCCCGGUAUCCCAGACUUCAGUCCCAACACUGUCCCCCUGGCAGGUGGGAGGACGGAGGACGACAUGGAGGGGGUUCCUUACGACUACAGACCUCCACAUGAAGAGAUGAGAUCACAACACGGAGGACCAGAGGAGGACUGGCAGCAGGACCCUUCACUGGAGAAACCUGGAGGUCCUCCUCUGCCUGAAGAGGAGAUGUGGGUCCCUGAAGAGCACUACUACUCUCCAGAGGACUACUACGAAGACCCAGGGAGAGGAGGUCCCCCUAUGGGGAGAGGAGAGCCUCUAGACGGGCACCACUGGGAGGAAGCAGACCCCCCACCUCCAGAGUACUGGGGAGAGGAAGGAGAUCCCUACUGGAUGGACCGGAGGCCCCCUCCUCAUGGCAUGAGAGGAGGCCCCCGAGCCCCCUUCCAUCCUGGGCGUAGUCGACCUCCACGCGGCCGACCCGGCUUCAUGCACCAGGGGGGUCCCAGACGCCCCCUUCCUCCUCCUCGCGGAGCCAUGGACACCCAUGACCCUCUAGGAUCCCCCAUGGGGCCUCACGAUGACAUGGACCCUCUGGGACCCCCGCUGCAUCGGGACUACAACCCCAGAGGGCCGCCCAUGCACCACGAUAUGAUGGAGCGAGACAUGAGGGGGCGACCUCCUCCACCUAGAGAGAUGAUAGACAGAGAUCUGAUGGGGCCUGGUGAUCAUCCUCCACAUCACGACACGGAUAGGGUCCUUGGAUGGCCCCCGGGCCCAGGACGACCCCCCAACCGCGGCAGAGUCGGGCCAAGAGGUCCGCCUCCCCUUGAGAUGAUGAUGGAGCGAGGGGGGAUGAGGAGGCGUCCGAUGGGCCCUCGGGGAGCCCCGAUGGGCAGGGCCCGGGGCAUGAUGCAGCAGCCACACGAGGAGAUGGAGGGGUACCCCCAUGACGGGUACGGGGAGGAGUUUGGUGGUCCUGAUGAUGACAGGUAUGGAAGACCGCUACCACCGCGUGACUGGCCGAAGCGCCCGCCACAUGAUUACGACCGCGAGGAGGAGUAUUAUCCCCAUGAGCCUCCUCGUGGUGGGGAGUGGGACAGGGAGAGAGGAGGACCACUACCAGAGAGAGACUAUCCUCCCUACCCUCCCCCAGACCGCUUCAGAGAGGACGAGUGGACUGAUGAGAGGGACCAAGACCGUCCUCCAUACGCCUACGAGGGAGACAGAGACCGUCCUCCAUACGCCUACGAGGGAGAAGAGCACGGAAGAGGAGGCAAGCUACAAAGUCGCGACUACCCAGACGACCCUCCUUACAGGCACAAUGAACCCCCCUACUUGCCACCUCCAGAGUGGGAGAGAUCAAGACCGCCCCUUCCGGAGAGAAACUACCCCUCAGAUUUUGAGGAGCAUAGGCCCCACUACGACGGACGAGCCGAGCCACCUAGAUCAGAUCUAGGUAUCCCUCCACCCACCCCUUCCCAGGCCCUUGCUCCUCCCACUACUGGACCAGACAGUUCUCAGGAACCAGCCUCACAGGGAACUGGACCGGGCAUACUGGCUCUGUCACAACGACAACAUGAGAUCAUCCUGAAAGCUGCCCAUGAGCUGAAGCUUAUCAGGUCUGUUUCUCUGGUACUGAACAGAGAAAUGCAGGAGAAUUUCACCGAGGGAGAGGCCCUAUCCAUCACGUCUGACCCUAAGACGGAGCUCCAUGCUGGGCUACUGGGGCUGGAGAUUCCCCCUGAGGUCCGGAGUGCCCUGCAGGCGACCAAUCUCAUUUCUAACUCAACUGCUGCAAAAACAGUGACGUGGGGAGACACUCAAGAUACUGGGUACAUGUCCUCCGUACCUCCAGUCCCCAACGCACCAGUUAUCCCGAAGACUGUCGACUAUGGACAUGGACAUGACCUGGGUGCUGCCACGGUGGAGCGAAUCUCUUACGGUGAGAGGAUUGUGUUGAGGCCUGAUCCCUUACCCGACAGGGAGAGGAGCUAUGAAAAAGAACUACUGGGCCCUCUGAGAGACCCCUACCACAGAGACCUGUACUACGACAGACGACCGUUGAGCCCCUACAUGGAGCGCAGGGAGUACAGCAGGGAGAGGGAGAUGUACAGAGAAAAGGCUCCCAUGGACUUUGAAAGAGAACGAUACGAGAGGGAGCGCUAUCCGCCUCGAGAUGACAGACAACCCCCAGGCCAUCCUCGCUCCGGUCCCCCACCUCCUCGCCUGGGCUACAGGGACAGAGACAUGAGGGAGAGGGAGGGCAGCCGGACCAGUAGAGACAGAGAGGAUACUUAUGGAAGACCUGGGGGUUAUGACAGACCUCCGUUCGAGCGCGGGCCUGAACGUGGGCCUGAGCGCUACGACCAUGGUGCCUCUACAUAUGGUGAACGGAGGAGUUACCCAGAGGAGAGAGGAGGAGGAGGCCCCACGUCGUCCCACCCUCCUCCCCCCCCACCGACUGCUCCUCCUUCCAGGGUGGAGAAGAAACCGGAGACCAAGAACGUGGAGGACCUUCUCAAACUGCCAGGCCGAGAUACUCGUCCAGAAAGGAUCGUCAUCAUAAUGAGAGGCCUACCAGGAAGUGGAAAAAGCCAUGUGGCCAAGCUGAUACGGGACAAGGAGGUGGAGUGUGGAGGGGCUCCACCCAGAGUGCUGGGGUUAGACGACUACUUCAUGACGGAGGUGGAGAAGGUGGAGAAGGACCCAGAAACAGGCAAACGAGUCAAACUCAAGUGUCUGGAAUACGAGUACGAAGCGGAGAUGGAAGACACGUACAGGAACAGCAUGCUAAAAACAUUCAGGAAGACCCUAGACGACGGCUUCUUCCCCUUCAUCAUCAUCGACGCUAUCAAUGACAGGGUUAAAUACUUUGAUCAGUUCUGGAGUGCUGCCAAGACUAAAGGCUUCGAGGUAUACUUGGCUGAAAUCACGGCAGACAAUCAGACUUGUGCUAAAAGAAAUGCCCACGGACGGAAGAUGAAAGAUAUUCAAAAGAUGUCCAGUAACUGGGAGUCGUCUCCACGUCACAUGGUGCGGCUGGAUGUCCGUUCCCUGCUUCAGGACGCUGCUAUUGAGGAGGUUGAGAUGGAAGACUUAAAUCCUGAUGACGAGCCACUGAAGGAGCCCAAGAAGGAGGAGGAGGAGGAAGAUAUUAAGGGUUACAUUCCACAAAGCAAAUGGGAGAUGGACACUUCUGAUGCCAAACUCGACAAGCUGGACGGCUUGGUGAUGGGGGGGAAGAGGAAGAGGGAGGGAGACGACGUGGCAGGCAUGGAUGACUUUCUUCAGCUGCCAGACGACUACGCCACGCGCCACUCUGAACCCGGCAAGAAGAGGGUUCGCUGGGCUGACCUCGAAGAGCAGAAGGAUGCAGAGCGCAAGCGUGAUAUCGGCUUUGUGGUGGGUCAAACAGACUGGGAGAAAAUCACAGACCAGAGCGGACAGAUAGCUCAGAGAGCUCUCAACCGCACUAAGUAUUUCUAAAAACAGAAGAUCACUGCCCUCACCCCCUGCUUCCUGGUUUAUAGGUCUGCAGACUGUGAAUAUGCUUAACCCGUUUCUCGAAAAACAAAGUCAUGAAGACUACACAUUCUACCUGUUGACUUUUAGGAGAUCCAUAGUUGUUUAUUCCAUUAUUAGAAUACAGCAUAGAUUUAUCUUGCGUUUAAAAAAAAAAAAAAAACUUUAAAAAAUUAUAAUAAUUCUUGAUCUUCAAUUUGAGUAUUUUUUUUAGUUUGUUUUUCCCUUCCUCUUUUCGAUUGUAAAAUUCAUGCACCAGUUUAUCUUGAGCUUCGCUUCUCAUUUUAUACUGUAAUGUCUUCCUGUAUGUUAGCACUGUUGCUUAUUUUAUUAAAUAAACUUGAGGAAACAAUAAAAGUUUCACACACAAAACAA